AUGUUGGACAAAAUAUGGGGCCCGCAUAGCAUUGACAGAUUUGCGUCUUGUCACAACGCUCAACUGCCACGUUUCAAUUCAGCAGCUUGGAACCCCGGUACAGAGGCCGUUGACGCAUUCUGUCAGAAUUGGUCCACUGAAAAUAAUUGGAUACAAGAUUGGAAGGCUGAACUCAGCAACCCAGCACUGGAUGACUUCUGUGACACUCUUCCCGAUGUGAUGUUGGCGUCUAGAGCCGGUAAUACGUUAAGCAAGUACACCGGCAGUUGGCUCAGAUGGAAACGAUGGUGUCAGUCAAAUCUGUCGGCGGGCGCCGCCUGUCCAGCAAAGCCGUUGCACAUUGCUAUAUAUCUUCGGAGUUUGUUGGACAACGCAAAUACAGUUGCGCCCAUGGAUUCCGCAUUGUAUAGUAUUAGAUGGGCGCACUCAAUGGCUGGUAUAGAAUCCCCGACUUGUCAUCCAAUGGUUCGGGCUACGAUGGAGGGCUGCAGGCGCAUUCUCGCUAAACCUAGAAAGGCCAAAGAGCCAGUCGACCCAAAAAUUCUGGCCACACUGGUGUCCCAAAAGAAUCUGUCUUCGUUAUCAGACUUACGAUUGCUAUGCUUGUGCCUUAUUUCGUAUGCUGGAUUCAUGCGUGUUGGCGAGCUCUUGAGCGUUAAAAUAAGCGACAUUUCAUUCUCAGAUUCUCAUAUGGAGAUUAAAUUGCAUAAGCGAAAAACGACCAAUUUCGAGAAGGAAGUUCUAUAA